AUGAAGAACUCGACUCCACGGCCCCCCAUAUUCUAUGGAACAGAUGAAUAUAGAACCAUUAUCGUUGUUCUUUUGGUUAUUGUAAUAUGCAUUGGCUUCUUUGGGAAUUUAAUGGUCUAUAGUGCAAUUUCCUACCGGCAAAAACAGAAAAGAACUUCUACUAACUACUUACUUAUGAACAUAGCAGUUGCUGACCUUCUUGUGGCUGUAAUUAUCGCCCCGUUACGCUUCGUGGAGAUGUACCAUGGAUGGCCACUUGGAGAUUUCCUUUGCAAAACCGUUGCGCCUCUUCAGGACGUUAUUGUUUGUGUUUCGGUAGUUACACAUACUGUCAUUGCCUUGGAGAGAUAUCGUAGCAUAGUUCAGCCGUUUAAGAAGAAGUUAUCCGUCAGUCGCACUAAACAAGCUGCUGUAGUCAUUUGGCUGUUAUGUUACGUCUCUAUCUGCCUCCCAAUGGCUUUUGUACUAAAAGUAGAAGUCCAGAAAGGUUUUAUAAUAUGCAAGGCUGUAUGGUCCUCGUUAGUCCGCCAGCUUUUUGAAGUGUAUCUGGUUGUUGUAUUUAUAGCAACACCUUUAGUUAUUCAAACAUACACCUACUCACGCGUCGUUAAGGUAGCCAAUCGUGAACUGAGAAAUGCAACCAACUCAAGCAAUCCCAAUCUGACUAGAAUUGCACUGAGCAAAGUGCGCGUAGUGAAGAUGCUUAUUCUGCUUGUUGGUGCUUUCCAGCUCUGUUCCAUCCCUCGCAUCGUCACCAUGAUAAUGACUGAGUUCGGUGGUCCCGCCUUAACAAACGACGUAAAUUUCCAAUAUGCUAUAACAAUAACUCUAGUUAUUUACUACCUGAAACAUGUUAUCAACCCGUUUAUCAUCUUUGCCACGAGUGCGGAAUUUCGCGCCAGUUGCGGUUACUGUUUGACUUGCGGCAGAACUUGA